UACUAGGAGGAUAUUGAGUUCUAUAUAAUGGGAGGCUCUCGUGCCAUGAAUUAAAGCCUCUCUCCAUGUACAUGGGAUCAUCAUCAGGAAGCCUAAGCAUGAAGGUGCAUCAAUUCACACGUGGAUUCUUGGAGCAUGAAGCUGCUGCUCCUUCACUCUCACUUGGUUGUAAACGUUUAAGACCUCUUGCUCCCAAGUUCAACCCCACAAAUGAUACCACCAUUGUUACCCCUCCUUUCGAUCUCAAAAGCUUCAUUAGACCAGAAAGUAGUACUAGCCCUCGUAAACUUGCUUUCAACGACGACAAGAAAGAUUCCUCUCAGGUAGAAUCGCACCCAGGAGGAACGAGAUGGAAUCCGACACAAGAGCAGAUAGGAAUACUGGAAAUGCUGUAUAGAGGUGGGAUGCGCACACCCAAUGCCCAGCAAAUCGAACAAAUCACUGCACAGUUAGGCAAAUAUGGGAAAAUAGAAGGAAAAAACGUGUUCUACUGGUUUCAAAACCACAAAGCUCGUGAGAGACAAAAGCAGAAGCGCAAUAGUCUUGGUCUUAGCCAAAGUCCAAGAACACCACCGGCCAUAGUCACUAGUCCUUUGUCAUUUGACACUAGGGGAGAAGUAGUGAGGGAGGAAGAUAGUCCAUACAAGAGAAAGUGCAGGGGUUGGACAUUUGAAUACUUGGAGGACCAAGAAGAAGAAGAAAAGGGAAACUGUAGAGAAAAUGGUGAUAGGACUCUUCAACUCUUCCCAUUGCAUCCAGAAGGCAUGAGAUUAUGAACUUAUGAAUUCAAUGAGCGCGCCUAGCUAUAAGCUUAUUAGCUGCACAAGAAUAUUCUUUUUAAAAAUUUCUGACUCUUUUAGCUCUGUAUCUCAUUUUCGUCCAUCUUUAAUUUACUUUCAUGUGCAUGCUUAAGUUUCUACUUUAAUUUGUUCCUUUUUCUGUUCUUUCUUUCCUUGUUUUAGGAAAGAGAAAAGAGAAAAGAGGAACAUGAUCAUCAGAUCUAUGUAGUGUCUGUAGUACCAAUUCCCUUCUCUCGGAUUCUGGUCAUUAAUUAGAGACUUAUUCCUGACCUAAAAUGCCUAUAUGUGACAGUACUAUGUUCCAUGGGAAAUGCUGCAUCAAAAAUAAUCUAAUGUUCUUUCUACA